AAAGGAAAUGAUUUAAUGGAACGUCUACGUGGUGUGUCAGGGAUGCAUGAAUUGAAAAAAACGGAGGCAUCGGUCAAUGGAAUUCCGCCUCGUAGGCCAAGCGAUAAAAAUGGUGAGAAGGAAACCGACAAGACGGGAGGAGAAGAUGGUUCUCCUCUGGCUUCUUUUAUAGCGGAAGAGAACGCACCGCUGUUUGUUGAUGGUUAUGGCCAGCUUGGAAAUUUAGAGAGCGGUGCAGUAGAGGAAUUGCCGACACAUCGCAAAUCGUCGGUGGAAAACCCACCGAUGGAGACAAAUUACUGGGAUGCUCCAAGUGUUUCGAACGAACACACGCGCGAUGAUAACUUCGCGUCGAUUUCUCGCGGUUUUGUCAUGCCAAGUGUGAGGGAGGCAACUUUAACAAUGCGCCGCAUGCAACGUAACAUUGAUGGUCUUAACGCUGUGGCUGAGGAGCAAAAGCGUGAACGGCUGCAAAGACUUCGUCGCCGUGUGGAUUGCACGGAUGCCCUCUUGGAGGAUGCCUCAAUUUUGGCGGAGUACCAGCGGAUAGUAGAGGACUGGGCCACCAACUACACUCAGCAUGCCCGUGACCCGCUGUAUGUCAGUGAGAUUCCGCCUCUGUUGUUACCUGAGGCUGGCGCGGACUACCUUGCUGAGGAGUAUCAACAUAUCCGACGUCAGCAACUGACAGAAUUGAUUGAAGCACGUGGGACAGAUGGGUGGCACGGUGAAAUAGAAGCAAAAGAUCGUCGCGCCGGGAAUGACAAGAGCGAACCAGACAAAAAAUCCGGCAGGCGUGUCAAGGCUCUGAUCGGAGCGAAGAAACUGGGGAUACCCUCCAAACCACUGCGGAACCCGCUUUCUCAUUUGAGCCCGGAGGAGUACGAGCGAUGGGUCGCGGAGCGUGACGCCGUGUUUGCGGCUGCCAAGCGCCCGUCGUGA